CUCGAGCUGUCACGCUGACAGAGGAGAGGAGAGCCGGGUACUGAUGAUCAGUGUGCCCUGAUGAUCAGUGUAGCCCCAGCAGUGCCAGCUGUCAGUGUCCACCAGUGCCAGCUGUCAGUGUCCAUCAAUGCCACAUAUCAGUGCCUACCAGUGCACAUCAAUGCCACAUAUCAGUGCCCAUCUGAGCUGCCUUUCAGUGUCACCCAUCAGUACCAGUCAGUGCCACCUAUCAAUGCCAAUGAGUGCCACCUAUCAGUGCUGCCAAUCAGUGCCAUGUAUCAGUGCUGCCUUUCAGUGCCCAUCAGUGAUGCCUGUCAAUGCCCAUCAGUGCUGCCAAUCAGUGCCGCCUAUCAGUGUGCAUCAGUGCCACCUAUCAGUGCUCAUCAGUGGCACCUAUCAGUG